UGUAGAAUUGUGAAUGCUACCAUGUGAAUAAUUAGCACUCACUGUAUCUGCAUAAGUUUAAGUAUAAUACACAUUCAAUUUUGUUGACUAGUGUACUUUUACAGAUAACCUCCAGGAAAGAUUAAAUGCCGGGGACGUCACGUGACUUUUGGAAAUACCUGGACGUGUUUUUUUAACUUUUUAUGCAAAUCAGUUCAAAAGAGGCUAUUGCUAGUACCUUGUUUCCUUGUAGACAGUCCAGGGCACGUUUGAAGAAGGAUGAAGACUGUUGUGCUCUGAAAUCUGGAGAUGUUUAUUCUUAUCCUUCUGUAGAUAAAUAUAUUGGUUACCUGAUCUUUAUUUACUGGAUAGAGAACAAAGACAUUUCUUAUACAUCAAGCAACCACUCUUCCUUGGAGAAGUGCAGUACUGGGAGUGACGCCCUUGAAUACUGACCUAUAAGUAAAAAAGACUGCUAAGAAAAAAAAUGGCGUCUUCUUCACAAGCUCGGUGGGAAAUACCAAACUCCAUCACUCCAGCACAAAUAACAUCAUUACUAAGGAGGUUAGAGAUAGGAGGAGAAGAAGUGAUGAUAAAUGACAAUGGAUCACUGAGUCUUCUAGGCUCCAUCACUCCAGCGCAGUCACUAAUAACCACGCCUCCACCAAGGCCAUCAGGAGUAGAAGAACAAGAGGAGUUAAAUGGAGACAUUGGACCAACAAAUGUUCUGGGUACCCGGGUGGAUAUUGAGAAUGAAUUUGCGGUACACAAGGAGAUGAUGGAGGCAAGCAUAAAGAAACUGGAUUGCCUUCUGGCCCAAUUGCAUAAAUUUAAAAGGAGGCCUGUUCAAUGUGAAUCUGGGGGAAUGGAGAACAGAACUUGGAGUCAUCUUGUGGAGGCGCUACAAAGAAAAAUUGGAGAGCUGGAGAAAGCAAUAGAAUUUAAUAUCAUUACUGAAUCCCCAAUCCCUAUUUCCUCUCUUGAUCUCUACUAUCUAAUAAAAAAUAUUAAACCAGGGGACUGGAAGCACCUUAUGAGGGCUCUUAAUAUCAAUGAUACAGAGAUAGAGGCCUGUAUACGUAUCUCACCAGAUGAGAGAGAACAGAAGUACCAGAUGCUCCUAUUGUGGUUCAGAAAACACCAGGAUGGAAGAUGGAAUCAUAAAGAAGAGCUGAUAUUUGUUUUAGAUGUUUUAGAGUACAGAGAUAUCGCUGUCAUAUUCCGAAACGGGUGCAGAAAGUCAGCUCCUGUUGCUAUAUGCAAAGAAAACAUAUAAAAUGCAAAUGCAAAACCGACAUAGGAUCAAAGACUUUGCCACAAACUUCAGAUAUCCCUCUAAGAAUCGUUAUGUAUUAUCUACAUACAAUAUGCACUUUUAGGUAAUGAGUAUGGAUAUCAGCAGGUUUGCCUAUAAUGGGAAAAUCAUAUCACUAAUAUCUUCAAAGGACAGUUGACUUUUUUCACUCUGUUAACCACUUGCCUGGCAUGGCCGCAUCAGAUGUGACCACACCAGCAAGUGCUUUUUCUGACAUGGUCACACAGGAUGCAACCAGUCAGAUAAACAGUGUUAGCAGCUGCAGGGAAGAGAAACUUCCCUCUGCUGCUGCUCUCAGAUGGACAGACGGUCAGCACGGUAGGAACUCCCACCCAGCGUUUGCAGACAAUAGCAGCCGAUGGGGAAGUGUAUAUUAACCCCCCCAAGCUCCCCUUGUGUACCUGGCUGCUCUCCGGGCUAUUAAAAUGGAAGUUGCGUUGGUUGCAAUGUUUCCAAUGGUGCCAAUCGAUGUUCUGAUGCUUAAAAAAAAUAUUUUUUUUUCAAAAAUGAAAAAUAAAUAUACUGUAUUUUUCUUUUCUUUUUUAACUAAAAUCAUUUUGGAUAACGUUAAAUACAUGUUCUUCACCUUUUUCACUCAUAAAAAAACAAACAAAUUCUGAAUGUGGCAUGUGUGAAAACCACUAUUCUUGGUGCUUGGAGUCAUUGCCUUAUUUGACCAAAUUGUGGAGUUAUGGUAAAAUCAUUUAGUAAACUUAUUUGUUGAGCAUAAUUAUGUACUUAAUGUAUAAAAAUGAAUAUUUGAUCUUAUAACCUGAUUUACUAAGUGCUGAAAUGUAAUACAAUGCAAAUGGAUAUUAAUACAGGUUGAGUCUCCCAUAUCCACAAUGCUUAUGACCAGAACUAUAUUUUUCUUUUUAUUAUGGAAUAUUUGCAUACUAUAAAGAGAUAUCUUGGGAGUGGGACUCAAGUGUAAACACAGAAUGCAUUUAUGUUUCAGAUACAACUUAUAAACAUAGCCUAAAGGUAACUAUAAAACAUUAAUAAACAUUUUUUGCAUUAAUCAAACUUUGUGUACAUUGAGCCAUCAGAAAGGAAAGGUGUCACUCAAAAAAUACUGUAUUUUGGAAUAUUUCUUAUUUCUGAUUUUUGGAUACGGAAGACUCAAUUUGUAAUAUGUUUCCGCUCGUAAGAAAAUCAAGGUUUUAUUAUCUGUUUUUGUGUACAUUUCAAAUUAGUUUCAAUUUCACAAAUUUAUAUUUAAGAAAUGUUUAUUUUUACAGUUUUCAAUAUGAAAAUGCAUGUAAAUAGGAUGUAAUGAUUAUGCAGAAUAUUGUUAAGACAUGUGGGCCAUGUGACUGUAACUAACAUUAACCCACCUAAACUUACCAAAUAGUUUUAUAUUUUUUAUAUUUUGCUUGCAGUAGUGUACAGUACUAAAUAAGGAAAGUAUAUUUCAUCAUUUGCAUAUUCACACCAUAAAUACUAUAUACUUUCUUGGGGACAUUUAAAACAUAGUUUUAAAUGUCCCCAAGAAAGGGACACAGGAAAUGUGUUGUUACCUAUUGCAACCAGACUUGUUUUUUUAUUUUCUAAUCUGAAAAUAAUGAAUUAGUUGUUAGUAGUUGAUACACUUUUGAUAAAUAUCCCUGAAUGUAUCCGUGGUCUGUCUUUUCUUGCUUUAUAGUAAAUGUGAAUGUUCAUUACAAGGGUUAUAUUUACUAAAGGUGAAUUUUCAUAUAGAUUUUUUAAUUGCUGUAUUUCCAGGACUAACUGGUUACUUUUUGAUAUACAUUUUUAAAUGUUAGUAAAUGUGUGUUUUAGCCCAUGGAAAUCAACAUCAAUUUAGAUCAAUUUGAACUCAAUAUUAAAAAAAUGAUGAAAAUCAGCCUUUAGUAAAUUUUCCCCUAAAUGUGCUACCUAACAUUAUAAAGCUGUCUAGAAACAAUGGCCCUCAUUCCGAGUUGUUCGCUCGCAAGGCGAUUUUAGCAGAGUUGCUCACGCUAAGCCGCCGCCUACUGGGAGUGAAUCUUAGCUUCUUAAAAUUGCGACCGAUGUAUUCGCAAUAUUGCGAUUACUAACUACUUAGCAGUUUCAGAGUAGCUUCAGACUUACUCUGCCUGUGCGAUCAGUUCAGUGCUUGUCGUUCCUGUUUUGACGUCACAAACACACCCAGCGUUCGCCCAGACACUCCCCCGUUUCCCCGGCCACUCCUGCGUUUUUUCCGGAAACGGUAGCGUUUUUUCCCACACGCCCAUAAAACGGCCUGUUUCCGCCCAGUAACACCCAUUUCCUGUCAAUCACAUUACGAUCGCCGGAGCGAAGAAAAAGCCGUGAGUAAAAAUACUAUCUCCAUUGUAAAAUUACUUGGCGCAGUCGCAGUGCGAAUAUUGCGCAUGCGUACUAAGCGGAAUUUCACUGCGAUGCGAUGAAAAAUACCGAGCGAUCAACUCGGAAUGAGGGCCAAUGUUCAACUCUCUUAUGGCUAUGAUAAAACAAUACUUUUCAAUAAAGUUUUUAAUUUGUGUAUGUGUUAUUUGGUAUAGAAUAAAAAAUGCAAG